GCCUCGGAGCGGGGCGGACCUGGGCCCGGGGGCGAGCGAUACCCUGGCUUCCGCGGACAGUCUCAUCCCGCACCGAACUUCGGGUGGUGGAGGCGGCGGGCCCAAACGCUCUCUGGAGCCAACGUCUGCCAGGCUGAACCUCAAGUGUGCGUGACUGCACCCAAGGAGAUAGCCCACUGCCCGGGUCAGGUGGCCUUGUUCGCGAGCACAUCUCGGAGCGUCUCCCCGGUCUCAAGAUAGGGUCUUGUGCAGUGACGGGGCCUUGGCUCACUGGAACCUCCGCCUUUCGGAUUCAAGCGAUUCUUCUGCCUCAGCCUCCUGAGUAGCUGGGAUUACAGGCACCUGCCACCACGCCCAGCUAAGUUUUGUAUUUUUAGUAGAGACAGGGGUUUCGCCGUGUUGGCCAGGCUGGUCUUGAACUCCUGACUUUGUGAUCCACCUGCCUCAGCCUACAACUUUUUUUUUUUUUUUUAACCAAGUCUUACUUUGUCAUCCAGGCUGGAGUGCAGUGGCGCAGUCUUGGCUCACCGCAGCCUUGACCUCUCUGAUUCGAGUGAUCCUCCUGCUUCUGCUCCCUAAGUAACAGAAUACAGGCACGCGCCACCACACUCGACUAAUUUUUGUGUUUUCUGUAGAGACGAGGUUUUGCCAUGUUGCGCAGGCUGGUCUUGAACUCCUGAGCUCAAGUGAUCCAUCCGCCUUGGCCUCCCAAAGUGCUAGGGUUACUGUCUUGAGCCACUGCGCCAGGCCACAACUUCUUAUUCUUAAUGAGGAUUUAUUCUGAAUGCCCAAAAGUGACUAGGUUCAAGUGUUCAGAAACAACAGAGCACCAUAGCUUGCUGUGUCCUGAUGUAGGCUGAAUUAUUUUUCUUUUUGCAGUGUUUUAACUCAAAUGGGUGAUGAAAAGGACUCUUGGAAAGUGAAAACUUUAGAUGAAAUUCUUCAGGAAAAGAAACGAAGGAAGGAACAAGAGGAGAAAGCAGAGAUAAAACGCUUAAAAAAUUCUGAUGACCGGGAUUCCAAGCGGGAUUCCCUUGAGGAGGGGGAGCUGAGAGAUCACCGCAUGGAGAUCACAAUAAGGAACUCCCCAUAUAGAAGAGAAGACUCCAUGGAAGACAGAGGAGAGGAAGAUGAUUCUUUGGCCAUCAAACCACCCCAGCAAAUGUCUCGGAAAGAAAAAGCUCAUCACAGAAAAGAUGAAAAGAGAAAAGAGAAACGUAGGCAUCGUAGCCAUUCAGCAGAAGGGGGGAAGCACGCUAGAGUGAAAGAAAAAGAAAGAGAGCACGAACGUCGGAAACGACAUCGAGAAGAACAGGAUAAAGCUCGCCGGGAAUGGGAAAGACAGAAGAGAAGGGAAAUGGCAAGGGAGCAUUCCAGGAGAGAAAGGGACCGCCUGGAGCAGUUAGAAAGGAAGCGGGAGCGGGAGCGCAAGAUGCGGGAGCAGCAGAAGGAGCAGCGGGAGCAGAAGGAGCGCGAGCGGCGGGCGGAGGAGCGGCGCAAGGAGCGGGAGGCCCGCAGGGAAGUGUCCGCACAUCACCGAACGAUGAGAGAGGACUACGGCGACAAAGUGAAAGCCAGCCACUGGAGUCGAAGCCCGCCGCGGCCACCACGGGAGCGGUUCGAGUUGGGAGACAGCCGGAAGCCAGGUGAGGCCAGGCCGGCGCCUGCGCAGAAGGCAGCACAGUUAAAAGAAGAGAAAAUGGAAGAAAGAGACCUGCUGUCCGACUUACAGGACAUCAGCGACAGCGAGAGGAAGACCAGCUCAGCCGAGUCCUCAUCAGCGGAAUCAGGCUCAGGUUCUGAGGAGGAAGAGGAGGAGGAGGAAGAGGAGGAGGAGGAAGGAAGCACCAGUGAAGAAUCAGAGGAGGAGGAGGAGGAGGAGGAAGAGGAGGAAGAGGAGACCGGCAGCAACUCUGAGGAGGCGUCAGAGCAGUCUGCCGAAGAAGUAAGUGAGGAAGAAAUGAGUGAAGAUGAAGAACGAGAAAAUGAAAACCACCUCUUGGUUGUUCCAGAGUCACGGUUUGACCGAGAUUCCGGGGAAAGUGAAGAAGCAGAGGAAGAAGUGGGUGAGGGGACGCCGCAGAGCAGCGCCCUGACAGAGGGCGACUACGUGCCCGACUCCCCGGCCCUGUCACCCAUCGAGCUCAAGCAGGAGCUGCCCAAGUACCUGCCGGCCCUGCAGGGCUGCCGGAGCGUCGAGGAGUUCCAGUGCCUGAACAGGAUCGAGGAGGGCACCUAUGGAGUGGUCUACAGAGCAAAAGAUAAGAAAACAGAUGAAAUUGUGGCUCUGAAGCGGCUGAAGAUGGAGAAGGAGAAGGAGGGCUUCCCUAUCACGUCGCUGAGGGAGAUCAACACCAUCCUCAAGGCCCAGCAUCCCAACAUCGUCACCGUUAGAGAGAUCGUGGUGGGCAGCAACAUGGACAAGAUCUACAUCGUGAUGAACUACGUGGAGCACGACCUCAAGAGCCUGAUGGAGACCAUGAAGCAGCCCUUCCUGCCAGGGGAGGUGAAGACCCUGAUGAUCCAGCUGCUGCGGGGGGUGAAGCACCUGCACGACAACUGGAUCCUGCACCGUGACCUCAAGACGUCCAACUUGCUGCUGAGCCACGCCGGCAUCCUCAAGGUGGGUGACUUCGGGUUGGCGCGGGAGUACGGAUCUCCUCUGAAGGCCUACACCCCGGUCGUGGUGACCCUGUGGUACCGCGCCCCAGAGCUGCUGCUUGGUGCCAAGGAAUACUCCACAGCCGUCGACAUGUGGUCGGUGGGCUGCAUCUUCGGGGAGCUGCUGACUCAGAAGCCUCUGUUCCCAGGGAAGUCGGACAUCGAUCAGAUCAACAAAGUGUUCAAGGACCUGGGGACCCCCAGUGAAAAAAUCUGGCCCGGCUACAACGAGCUCCCCGCAGUGAAGAAGAUGACCUUCAGCGAGUACCCCUACAACAACCUCCGCAAGCGCUUUGGGGCCCUGCUCUCAGACCAGGGCUUCGACCUCAUGAACAAGUUCCUGACCUACUUUCCCGGGAGAAGGAUCAGCGCUGAGGAUGGCCUCAAGCACGAGUAUUUCCGCGAGACCCCCCUCCCCAUCGAUCCUUCCAUGUUCCCCACGUGGCCCGCCAAGAGUGAGCAGCAGCGUGUGAAGCGGGGCACCAGCCCGAGGCCCCCUGAGGGAGGCCUGGGCUAUAGCCAGCUGGGUGACGACGACCUGAAGGAGACGGGCUUCCACCUUACCACCACGAACCAGGGGGCCUCAGCCGCGGGCCCCGGCUUCAGCCUCAAGUUCUGAAGGUCACAGUAGACCCCGUCAUGGGGAGAACUCAGCCGGGACCACAGGCGCGGCUACUGCGGCUGGAGCUGCCAUGAGACUCAGAACUCCUCAUCUUAUUUCGUGUUCCACGUUUUGUUUUUGUAUUUUGGUUUGUAAAUUUGUAGAAUUAAAUCAUUUUCCUUGUUGUGGAGGAAAGAGCUGUGUUUUCAGGUCUCCCUGACUUGCCCAGGGAGGAGAGGGUGGGCAUCUGCGGGCACCUACUUGGGGCAGCACAAACCCCCACACGCCCUGUCCCACUCUGGACACACCGGGCUGGCUGGGCCGUGAUUUGGAGCAGGUGGGGGUCGGGUCGAUUGUUUCAUCUUUGGAGCUGGAGACCUGUUUCUGUGUUGGGAUGAGUGAUGCUUUCCUGCCCCAACUCGCUCGUCCAGACCAGCCCUGUCCACACAGGCCCCCGGCCCCCAACCCCCAGCCCCAGGUAUUCUGGCAGCCUCAGCAGGUUUUUAUACAGGGUUGUUACGAGUUUUAAAAUGUAUUAAAAUAUUCUUGGAGGAAA